UUUGAUGCCGUCCUUCGGCCAGUAGACUUCUGGCGGUCACACGCCGCACGUUUUUAUCUUGCUUUUUUUAAACCGCCAGCACAAUGUGGUUGUUGAUGAGCUCGGGACCACCUUAAAGAGCACCUUCCUCUGAUCCACAUUACAGGUGGAUCAUAUAGAUCUAUCGCAUGUGCGGAGAGGGAAGUUUACCUCCACCGACCCGAGGCUAGAGGCGGAUAAUACAACGGCAGUUUAUACGUCAUGAUGCUCUGAGGCCACUGCAUGAGGCCGCCUGGGCGAACAUGAUGGAGGAGGCUGCCAGCCAGCUUGAAAGAGAUCAUGUACACAAUGUCUACGACAAGAUUGCUCCAUAUUUCAACGACAGCCGCUAUAAAGCCUGGCCGAAGGUACGGCAGUUCCUCCUGGAACUGCAGCCUGGGAGCAUCGUUGCUGACAUUGGUUGUGGUAAUGGUAAGUAUCUCCACAUCAACAAGGACGUGUUCAAGCUGGGGUGUGACGUUUGUCGCCCCCUGGUGGAUUUUGCCUGGAGCCAAGGACAUGAGGUCCAGAUGUGUGAUGGGCUGCAUUUGCCUUACAGAGACAGCUGCUUUGAUGCUAUGCUUUCUAUUGCAGUCAUUCAUCAUCUGUCCACCAAAGAGCGUCGUAUUCGAGCAAUAAAGGAGAUGGCUCGCACUCUGCGAGUGGGCGGACGCAUUAUGAUCUACGUGUGGGCCAUGGAGCAGAAACGUCGUAAAUUUGAGAAACAGGACAUCUUUGUUCCUUGGAACCCCAAUCCUCAAUUCCUUCCCGGCCUCAACAAACCGAGGAGGAGAACCACAGCACAGAGCGUGAGCGAAGCCAUAGACAACACUGAAAAGCACAGGAAGGUUAGAAGCACAUCCUCUGUGGCAGACGAAGAAGAUCUUGGUCGCACUACACCACAGCAGAGGACACACAAACUGUGGUUCUUCUCCAGGUCUCUUGAUUCUGUGUUCGACUUCGGAAGCUUGGGGAUCUCCCGUUCAUCCUCCAGAGACAUGAGCACUUUAUCUUCCCCCACAGGUGAAAAUGAGGGGAACAAGUUCAACCUGAGCGGGAGAGGACGAGGGCUUAUCAAGCAAGUCUCAAGUUUCUUUUCUCCGCCAUCUGUGGUCGGAUCAGAAGAGGAUGUCUUUGUCACAGAGCAGCACAAGGGACCGAAUAAUUCUGGAGGCAAUGGCACCACUAACAACAGCAGCGCAGUGUCUUUAGUCCAGGAGUGUGGCUCUCUGGCUCUACCAGAUCUAGUCUCCUUGCAGGGGGAGGACCUAAAGCAGUCUGGAGAUGAAAGAGAUGGAGGGCUGCUGGGAGAAGAGCUGCAGGAAAGCACACAGAGUCCUCAGGGGAGUGAAGGGCAGGUGGAAGGCUCCUGCCUGAGGUACUACCACGUCUUCAGGGAGGGCGAGCUGGCAGAGCUGAUAGCGAAUCAUGUCGAAGAACUUCAUGUUAAACACACCUACUUUGAUCACGCCAAUUGGUGUGUGGUGGCAGAGAAAGUUCAGGUAUGGAAAAUAUGACCGGUACUUGUCAUAUUUGAGUUCACUUUGCAUCGCCUCUGCCUCAAGUUUUAGCACUGAAUUCCACAUGUGAGAAUAAUGACAUUCUUUUCAUUUAAAUGUGCAAAUGUAGCCAUUGUUGAAGGUCUAGGUAACACUAACAUUCUCCAGUGCUGUAAUUCUCUCAUGAACUAUUUAAAAAUGAGAUUUUUAUCCAUGUAUUUAUUUUAUCCUGGAACCAGCUAUAUGUCAGAGCUUUUGGAAAGCAGCAAAUAGAUAUUUUAUGGAAGUGUUCAACCGUGGCCGUUACUGUAUGUUGUACCAGAUUAUUUUUAACUAUUUAUUCUUUUUCAAUAAAUCUACAGUGUGUCUUUUAGAGUCGGUGUUUUGUUAUUUAACCCUAGUGGGCUGCAUCACAGCUAUUGAUUUGCAUUUUAAAAGAACAUUUCUUCUCUUGUGCUUUAAAUAUGAGCAGAAGAGAAAUGUACAAAGCUACAGCAUACUCUUCCCUCUGCUGUUAUAUUUUAAUAUAUUGAUUUCAGUAGAGAAUUCUUUCUUUCUUUGUGUCUGCAAAAUUGCAUGCUGCUUAUCUCUCAUUAAAAGGAGCCAAAUUUGCAGCUAGUAUCAGCUGCGGACUUCUUGGUAACGCUUCCUGUGAAACUGCUCGUGCGUACUUUUUCAUUGCACUCUCAUACAAGUUUAAAAUUGUGCAGAAUCUCUUCCGAAACAUUAGUGCCAUUUUCUUGUUGUUUUACUCUACAAGUGUUCCAGACGACAUGUCGCCAGUGGGCGUGUCUGUGUGUGUGCGCGCCCUUGAUGUAGAUAUUUGCAAUAGUGGCAUUGUGUCUUGUAACAAUUUGGUAUGUCUCAGCAAAUCAGAAAACUGCCUCAUGUACUGUGAAUAAACAUUGCACUCUAUCACAAGUAUAUCGCUGCUUGAUGUCAGUGAACGACAUAAUAGGUGAGACUUGAAAAACUGUUUAUAUCCAUUGUGGUGCAUUUCUUUAGCUGUAUAGUUUUUGUGGACCAACUAGGUUUGUCUUAAAAGUGGCAAAUGUCUUGUGUGAGCUGAUGUAAAUACUUUGUUUUGGUUUUUUUAUUAAAUUUGUUUUUGUUCA